GAACUGACUGCCGACGGCACUCGGUUCGAACGAGUUGCCGGUCAACCCGACCUGCCGGUACCUCCGACUCGAGCCCAUCAACUGAAGCUGUCCGGCGGCGUGGGCUGGAACAACCACGGCCCAGCCCCGCUCGGGCCCUGCCACCAACAGGCUCGGACGUUGCGUCGACGCAGAAGCCGAAGCGGACGGCGCCAAGUGACUACUGCUUCUGGUGCUGUCGCUGCUGGCGCCGGCGUUGGUCAGUCGCAGACUCGAGACCUGCGCUGGUUGCCCGAGUCCCGGCGGUUCAGCGAGGCCGUGACGACACGCCUUCGCAACCGCAUCACGCCGCAUCGGCCGCCGGCCUGUCGUCCACGGCAGGACUCGACGCGGAACCAUUCGGCCCGUCGGCCUCGUCGGUUGCCCGUCAAAGAGCGACCGUCCGGCGAUGAGGCGUCUGCUGGUCGUCUCGCCUCCAUCCUCGCCUUUCCCAUCAAGUUGCCAGUUUGUCGUUUCGCCUUUCACACAGCCGAUCUGCUGCCAAAAGACUGA